CAGUCCGUGUCUUGGCCUUAACGGCUCAGUCAGGCAUUUAAUAGCAAGGUACCUUAGCUAACGCUAGCGUACUUGUUUGAAAUGCAGCCAAUUUCACAUGAAAGUUUAGCUAAGAAUAGCUAGCAAUUUGACAAGUACUUCAUCGUUACCGAAGUGCAAUUGUGUAUUACCAGCUGUGUUUACCUCUAAUGAGCAGCAGAUGGCGCUGUUCUUUUCUUUUUAGGGCAGCACUGGCAGCGCUCACAGUGCAUGAUCCCUGUGUGUGUAUCUUUGGAAAUGAGCAUUUAACCUGUGUAGAGGCAGAGCGAGUAGAGCUGUGGAGUUGACUGGACUGGCUCAGUUUUAACCAUGCUGACUGCAUUCCCAAGAUUUUAGUCGUUGCGGAAACUAAACUGGUCGAUGCCAACGAUUCCCCCGGAGGCCAUGGGCUGGUGUGAGGGUGAGCCGACGUGAGAACUGGCUCCCGAAAGGAACCGCUUCGCACAUGGGAACCGCGUCACCUAACCUAACCUUAUCCGAAUUUAACCGUUUAAAGACGGACUCCGGAGCACAGAGCCAUAUCUAGAGACAGCAUGACAGAUAAACGAGGAGCCCAACUACCUAAGGAGAAUGGACACAUUGCGCCGAGUUCCGCGCAGACCAGCGCCAACUUUCCCCAUCCUUCAGAGGGGAACAUACCGGACGAUAUCCCGGUGUCCUCGACCAGCGAGUUGACACAGACCUGGGUUCACGUUGCUAAAACGUUUGUUCUGAUUUUCCCUAUUUACGCAUUGGGCUAUUUUGAGUUCAGUUUCAGCUGGCUGUUGAUUGGACUUGUUAUCUUCUUCUGGUGGAGGAGAAUCACUGGAGGGAAGAACAGCCGACUGAGCCGAGCUCUUGCUUUCUUUGAGCAAGAGGAGAGGAGUAUCAAGCAGGGUCUUACGACCUCUGAUUUACCACCAUGGGUCCACUUCCCAGAUAUAGAGCGAGUGGAGUGGCUGAACAAGACAGUGAAACAGAUGUGGCCGUACAUCUGCCAGUUGGUGGAGAAACUGUUCCAUGAGACGAUCGAGCCGGCGGUGAAGGAGUCGAACGCCCACCUCAGCACCUUCUGCUUUAGCAAGAUCGACAUGGGAGAGAAACCCCUGAGGAUCAACGGGGUCAAGGUUUACACAGAAAAUGUGGACAAGAGACAGAUCAUCAUGGACCUGCAGAUCAGCUUUGUUGGCAACACAGAGAUAGACGUAGACAUCAAACGCUACUACUGCAAAGCCGGCAUAAAGAGCAUCCAGAUCCACGGCGUGUUGAGAGUGGUGAUGGAGCCGUUGCUGAGUGAUAUGCCUCUUGUUGGAGCUCUGUCAGUGUUCUUUCUGAAGAAGCCACUUCUGGACAUAAACUGGACUGGCCUCACCAAUAUACUUGACAUACCUGGGCUCAGUGACUUCUCUGAACAUCUUAUUCAAGACAUUAUCUACAGCUAUCUGGUUUUGCCCAAUCGUAUAACCAUCCCACUGGUCGGGGAUGUGGAACUGGCCAGGCUGCGCUUUCCCAUGCCAAAGGGAGUCCUGAGGAUUCACUUCUUGGAGGCUCAGGAUCUGGAAGGGAAGGACACCUUUCUGGGAGGGCUGAUCAAGGGCAAGUCCGACCCGUACGGUAUCCUUCAGGUCGGCAACCAACAGUUUCAGAGCAAGACUGUGAAGGAGAGCCUCCAUCCUAAAUGGAACGAAGUUUACGAGGCUUUGGUGUACGAGCACUCGGGUCAACACCUUGAGAUUGAGCUGUUUGACCAAGAUCCUGACAAAGAUGAUUUCCUGGGAAGCCUGAUGAUUGAUAUGACUGAGCUGUACAAAGAACAGAAGGUUGAUGAGUGGUUUGACCUGGAAGAAGCUCCUACUGGGAAACUCCAUUUAAAACUGGAGUGGCUGUCUCUGCUCUCCACCCCGGAAAAGUUGGACCAGGGGCUGCGAAGUGUGCGUGCAGACAGGAGCCUGGCUAAUGAUGGACUAUCGUCAGCGCUGCUUGUUGUCCAUCUGGACUCAGCAAAGAAUUUGCCUAGUGUCUUCACAGGCAGCUUAGGCUGUGGAAACUUAAGUGAGAGGAGAGCAUCUGGUCUAGUCUUUUGUGAGAGCAAUACUUCAGAGUAUAGAACAAUAUUCAGCAACCUGUCAGAUUUCACCUGUGAGGGGUUGAAGCAAGCAUUUAAGGCCCUGAAGUGUGCAAAGAAGAGUAGCAGCGAACCCAGUCCGUAUGUCCAGUUUACUGUUGGACACAAAACACUUGAGAGCAAGAUCCGGUAUAAGAACAAGGAGCCGCUGUGGGAAGAAUGUUUCUCAUUCUUUGUUCACAAUCCCAGGAGGCAAGAGCUUGAGCUGGAGGUAAAAGACGACAAGCACAAAUGCACCCUGGGUAAUUUGACGGUGCCCUUAAGCAGCUUGUUGGGGGAGAAGGACAUGACGAUGACUCAGUGCUUUCCUCUCAAGAACUCCGGGCCCAGCUCCACCAUUAAACUGAAGAUGGCCCUGAGGAUCCUGUCCUUGGAGAAGCAGGUAUCUUCUGACCAGCCCUCCUCCGUCCAGGUCAGGAAAUCCAGUGUGCCGCAGCCAACCCCAGCCCCCACCCAGAGACGAUCAGCCUCAGAUUCUCCUCUGCCUCCACCCACGCCUCCACCACCCAUGGACGCCUCCACCCUCAACCUCCAACAAAGGGACGGCGAGCCAUACUCAGCCAGUUUCUCUAACCUGAGCACCUGCAUGUCUAGCUCCCAGAAACACCUUCCUCACAAGGAGUCCACACCCAGCCUGGCCUCGGAUAUAUCCCUGCCCUUCGCCACCUUGGAGCUUCAGCAAAGGCUUUGUCAGCUGCAGAAUGGUUCGGCCUCCAGCCAGUACCCCCUGGGCGAGAUCCAACUGACUGUCCGACACAGCUCCCAAAGGAACAAACUCAUUGUGGUGGUGCACGCCUGCCGUAACUUGAUAGCCUUCACUAAAGACAGCUCGGAUCCCUUCGUACGCCUCUGUUUGCUGCCUGACAAGAGCCGGACGGGGAGGAGAAAGACCACCACAAUGAAGAGAAACCUUAACCCUGUUUAUGAUCAAACCUUUGAGUUUAGUGUAUCUAUGGUGGAGCUCAACAGGAGAACUCUGGAUGUAGCAGUGAAGAACGGAGGGAGCAUCCUGUCGAAACACAGAGGGCUUUUGGGAAAGCUUCUGGUAGAUUUAAGUGGGGCAGAUAUAUCAAAAGGAUGGACACAAUGGUAUGAUCUGAGGGAAGAUGGUGUGUCGUGUCAAGGCAUAAGAAGUAUUCAAGACUCCCUCCUCACACAAUGAAACCACCGCUGUAAUAUAGUGAUUUGUUUAUACAAGGGCACACUAUUUUGUUGUAUUCAUGUAAAUUUUAUUAUUAAGUUUACAACACUUAUUUUAGCAUGUAAGACUUUUUUUUUAACAACUAUCAUCAUUUCAUUAAUGUGAGAUAUUGUCACAUAUUGUAAUGAAACACACCAACUGCCUUGUCUCUAUUUUCAGUGUUUUAUGUAAAUAUCAAAUUACUAAUAUAUAAUAAUUUGCAGGGGUUUUCAUGGCAUUAUAUUUCCUUAAAAGAAAUUAUUUUGAAAUGUGUCCAAAAUGUUAUUGCUUUCUGUCGAUUUGUUCAAAUGUGACAAAUUCGGGUUUGUCUCCUGAGAGAAAUCUUACCUAAGAAACAGAUAGAAUCACAAAAGUUGGCUUACGUAGCAGUCUUGACUUUGAUAUUUAUUUGUCAUGCCGUGUUAUUUGAUUGUUUACCUGUUAUCUUUCUUUAUGCUUGAUUGAAAACAUGGAAUGCACAUAUGCAGCGAAUAAAAUGAUUGCUCUGUAUAUUUUAAAAGGACUGUGAAAUAUUGGAUGUUACUGAAUACCAGGGAGCAUUUUAGGGCUAUGAACAAGUGCUGUUUAAUGUGAAGGAUACUUGAAUAAGUUUUGAUUGAUUGAUUUGUUGAACAAACGGAAUAUUAUGAGCAGAGAUCAUAGCUAUUGCAUUUUAUAAGCAGGGCUGCCAUAACUUAUUGUUAAGAUGACACAGCUAUGUCAUAAGGCAUGUACAUGUUUUUGCCACACAGUCAUAACUGUUGAAGUUUUUUAAUACUUUCUUGUUCUCUAUCCCGUGCCUUAAAAAAAAACUGCUAUGUAAUUUUUGCCUUCCUAAUGCUAUUAUUUUGAAUGAUAUGAUGCCUCAUGGGUUUUGAAGAAUAAAUGGUUUCUCUUGUGAACAUUG